CACGUUCAUCAGAGACACGUUCGCCACAGCGUUUGUGAAGAACCUGAUCGUGGUUCUGGUCUGGCUCGUCCUCAGUUACAUCAACGGCACUUUGGUUACUACGUUUUUCAGACAUCAGACCUUCUACGAAGACCCUCGUUACAUCCUCUUCAUCCACAUGGUGAUAAACGACGCCAUCCAGCUGACCGUCACCAUCACACUCUUCAUCCUCAGCUACAUCUUCUACAAGAUCAAUGUCUCCUUCUGCUGCUUCUUCAUCCUCGUGGCCGUCUUCACCACCAGAAACACGCCGGUCAACUUAGCCAGCAUGGCCAUCGAGCGCUACAUCGCUGUCUGCGAGCCAUUACGCCACGCGCAGAUCUGCACCGUAAGGAGAACACACAUGGUCAUCGGGCUGAUCUGGUUCAUAUGUGUGGCUCCGGACAUCACGGACCUUUUCGUGACCCUCGCCACCGAGUCCCUCAGCUUCUUUCACGAGUCGGUGUUCUGCUUGCGCCAGAAUGUGUUCAAAGACCCGAUCCUUGCAACCAAGAGACAGGCCUUUGACAUCAUCUACUUCUCCUGCGUGUUCUUGACCCUGGUCUUCACCUACUUCAGAAUCGUGUUUGCAGCCAGAGCCCUCUCCACAGAGAAGACGUCAGCCCAGAGGGCCAGGAACACCAUCCUGAUCCACGGCGCCCAGCUGGCCAUGUGCCUGCUCUCCUACAUCUCCCCCAGUGUGGAGUUGGUGCUGCAUCUCCUCUUCACAGGACGCAUUCUGGAAAUCAGAUUUGCAAACUACCUGGUUGUCUACAUCCUGCCACGCUUUCUGAGCCCGAUCAUCUACGGCGUCAGAGACAAGAAGUUCAGGAAGUACCUUAAAAUGCAUCUGCUGAGCAAAGGCUUCAGAGACAAACUGCAGCGAGUGGCACCGCAGCACAAAGACGCUCAGUGACCGAGGACGGAGAAACACGGGUGUGUCCAAACACAAACACGUGUUGUGGUCAAUUCUCUUUUUGUUUUUG